AGCGGCCGAGUGGGGAGCAGCUUCUUGGGGCCUUUGGGAACUCCACGGCCUUAGUCGCUGUCCCGCUCUCUUUUGGCCGCACUGACGAUGUCUCUCGAAGAAAGUUUCAACGAAUGCGCGGAGAGGGUGAAAACAGCCUUGACAAAAAGGCCGACAAACGAGGAACUUCUUCAGCUUUACGCACUCUACAAACAGGCCGCCAUCGGCGAUAACAACACUUCUAAGCCGGGCAUGAUGGAUGUGAAAGGAAAGUACAAAUGGGAAGCCUGGAAUAAAAAGAAAGGAACGAGCAAGGAGGACGCCAUGAAAGAAUACAUCAAAUUUGUCGAAUAUCUCAUUUCCUGCUACGCAUAAGUUCCUAUUUCUACACUUAAAUAACAAAAAUUUAUAAUUGUUGUAUUUUAUUUUAUUUUGUAUAAAUGGUAAUCCUUUGAAAAGAAAGGCUAUUAAAUUUGUUUUCUUAAAUUAAAAUAGUUCAUCAUUU